AUGAUUAAUUCUCUCUCCCCAAUACGACAGGCAUACCCGGAAAUGCUUCUGAACAAACGUUUCAAUAGUCCACUGGAAGCAUGUCAACUGUUUCAGGAUGAUCCGUUAGUUCAUGCCCCGGAGAAAAAAUAUCUGUACAGUACGUAUGCCUUCUCACUUCUGUCUGCUGCAAUCGAACAAGUGUCUGCCAAAAAUGGCCCGAUUUUCCCAUCUACGGCCGAAUCAGAUGAGACCACGAAGGCCACAACACGCGAUACCAUUCCCAAAUGGGCCCGGAUUGACACCCAAUUAUGUCGCCUGUUCCGGUUCCUGGGACUUAGAGACACCUCGUUGGAAUAUCAUGAAAAGCUAAUUCCGUUCCGAAGCAAACAAUAUCGUCGCACGGAAACCGGUGUUUUGGAAAACACACAAACGGUGGAUAAUUCGUACAAAUGGGCCGGUGGAGGGAUUUUGUCCACCGCACCAGAUCUCGUCCGUAUGGCCAAUCAUUUGGCACAGAUCUAUAUGGGACGCUUGCAAUCACACGGUGUGGUCAGUCGGGACACUCUGACGAAAUUGUGGCAUGCGUAUCCGGUCAAUCCGGACGCAGUUUGGCAACCCGGUCUUGGUUGGUUCCUGGCCAGGCGGUCUGGUGGUCCCGUUGCGGGAAACAACAUCUGCCCAGAUCGUCUCUACGUUCUGCAUACGGGUGGUGCAGUGGGCUGUACCACUGCUCUUCUUCUCAGUCUGCCAUGUUGUCCCACAUCUGAACCGGCUUUCGAUCGACCGGAACAUCAGGACAACGAGGAAUUCACUACGGCCAUUUCCCGUGUUCCACCGGUCUGUGUGGCUGUUUUGACCAAUCUGGAGGAUUCUUCCGAAAUCAGUCAACUGGCUGUCUCGUUAGCCGAGGUGUUUACAGAAGAUGCGCUCCAUCAGUGA